AUGAGUGCUCCAUCGGCAAGCAACGGAAGGCAAUCGGGACGCAGCCAAUCGGAAUCAUUAAUUCAUUCAAUGGUCUCGGGUGACAGGGCUCACGUGGGGGGGCUUUUGUGCAACGAUCCUGCGGGGCUGUGUCUCGCCACGAGAGGGAAUAUGGGCAACGAGGACUCCGGAACGUAUACAAACUUGGUUAGACUGGCUUCUCAGUUACAACCAGAUUCUAAAGAGUCGUCUUCGGAUGGUGCAAUAUACGCGGCUCCGUUGAUAACUAUCGAAACUGAGAGCUCGGCAAUUUUGGUAAAGGAAUACGACGGACAUGCCGUCGCGAUUCGGGUACCAAAGGCGGAAGCAUGUGUUAAAGACGGAGCAACAAGUAUGGACAGUGAAGCGUCGUCCUGA